ACCUUGAGACCGCGUCCACGAGUUUGUGGCGCCUCCAUAGUGAAGUAAUGAGUAGUAUGGGCAGAAACCUAACAAAAGAGAUGAAGAAGUGGGUCAAGAGAAUAUGCUGCAAGGCCGGAGGCCUGUACAGUGGUGGUGGUGGUCCUGGACUGAGAUGGACGCCUUGUCCAACAAGACGAAUCCCAGCGCUUAUACUUUGAGCGCUUGCACAGUCGCAUAAGCGAGAACAAGAUUUGGAAGACUAAGCGGCAAAGUGGCUUCACUCAUUCUUUAACUUACCCUUUCAUCUUCAUUCACAUUCAAUAUGGAUCCGUCACCGAGUUCAUCGAGUGCUCCGGGAGACAAGAAGAAGGCGAUGGUGAUUAUAACCAUUGGCAUGGCCGGCGCUGGAAAGUCCACCUUCGUUCAGCGGAUGAAUUCAUAUCUGCACUCUCAAGGCUCUCCGCCCUACAUCCUCAAUCUAGAUCCUGCAGUGACAAGCACUCCCUUCGAGCCGAAUAUUGAUAUUCGGGACACCGUCAACUACCAUGAAGUUAUGAAACAAUACAACCUUGGACCCAAUGGCGGUAUUUUGACCGCCCUGAAUUUGUUUACAACAAAGUUCGACCAAGUACUUGGUUUGGUUGAGAAACGAGCCGAGUCCGUCGAUUAUGUGAUUUUAGAUACUCCUGGGCAGAUUGAAAUAUUCACUUGGUCUGCUUCUGGGGCUAUUAUCACCGAUGCAGUCGCUGCAACACUGCCCACGGUUGUGGCAUAUAUCAUCGACACCCCUCGGACUACUGCACCUGCUACUUUCAUGUCGAAUAUGCUUUACGCGUGCAGUAUCCUUUACAAAACCAAGCUGCCCUUCAUUCUGGUUUUCAACAAAACGGACGUCCAGCCACAUGACUUUGCCAUUGAAUGGAUGAAAGAUUUUGAAGCUUUUCAACAAGCUUUGGCCUCACAUAGUGGGACAACGGACGAUGAAGGUGAACCUACAUACAUGAACAGCUUAAUGAAUAGCAUGAGUCUUGUCCUAGAUGAAUUCUACCAGCAUCUGACGGCUGUGGGAGUGUCUAGUAUGACAGGCGCAGGCAUGAAAGAAUUUUUUGAAGCGGUAGAAGCCUCUCGGACAGAAUACGAGAAGGAAUAUCUUCCAGAACUUGAGCGUGCCCGUGCAGCCCGCGAGCAAUCCCUGAAAGCCGCCAAGGAGGAUUCCUUGAAUCGUCUGAUGAAGGAUCUUGCCGUGGACCGCGCGCAAAAUCCCGACGCUGCGCUCGCAGAUAAAUGGGAUCCAACGGAGGAAGAGGAGGCUGACGACGAUGAUACGGAAGUCAAUAUUAUCGAUCGAAGUGAAGAGCGAUGGCCUGGUCAGUACAUCGACGUGACUCGCAUGAAUAGGAGGGACGAUCAGGCAAUGUCCUGGCCUCGACCUGGUUGAAAAUUAUUAUCCUGCUGUACGUAUCCUCCCCAAAAUUGUAUAAUAUAAUUAUAUGGCCGCUGGUCCGAUGCUUCGCAUUCAUGGUGAUCUAUCGGCGUUUUGGGCUAGUAUGGGGGAUUGCAAAAUUCAUGUCUCUGCUUCUCAGCAUUUAGGCAGGUCUGAAAUAUAGCGAUCCAUCGGCGCAUAAGACAGCUCGGAGAAUACUUACCGAGUGGAAGGCAUAGACCACUGCAUUAAUGCCGUUGCAGUACGCUUGCGUCUUAUCGCCUCGGUCCAACGGGAUCCUUUCGCGACGCCCAUCCGUCUCACCAUGAUUGCUCCAGCACGGGCUGUGGCAUCUGCCGAGCUUUUCCGCAGAUAAAAUAUCGCCGUCAGUACUCAAGAGAUCGUCAGAUAUCCCACCCUGGUUUGCUAUCGGAAAUUAUCACAGUGUUGUUAUGCUAACGAUCAACAAGGAUGUCAGCAGACUUGCUAUCUCACCUCUAUACCCUAUAUCUUCUGUGGCGUAUGGUUGGAGGUUGAAUUUGCAUCCACUCUUCACCCGACAAUUUGACCUGAGGUGCAACCAUCCCGCGGCUGUAUGACACGGCUUUAUAAUGUGUUUUAAUGCAUUUCGUGUAACUAUAAGGCGUAAUGCAUGACAGUUAUACGUUGCCAGGUGCGCAGCAUCCUGUGUCAAUGGUGGAUACUGCAGGGAAGGCACAUCAGCAUUGUGUACAUGGUGCCGCUCAGUACGUCUCCCAAAACACAAUAAGCGGCACCACGAUGU